GACAUGUAAGACCUAUGUCAUGGCCAGAGGCGACGUUUACUCUUUUUUCAAAUCACACCAAAUAAUUUGUAUCCCCCUGCCGCCCAAUCACCACCGUUCAUUUUUCAAAUCCGCAUUCUACAAUCCGGUCGUCGAGUCCGUCCGUCCGUCCGUCCACGUGUCAGAAAUUUUGACACAUCCGAAAUUCCAACGGGUGUAAGUGUCGUCGUCCGCGAAACGAUCCCGUCCACUGGUAUCGAGCUCGAAUAAUCGACUCGAAGAUAAAAAUCGUAAAAAUCCCCGCGUGACACUGCUUGGAAAUCAUUGGCAACCUUUAAGCAAUCCUAACCUACAAGAUUAUCCGGAAACCUCAUGUAUCCUCGAAAUUAGAAAAUUCUCAAGUGGACUGGACGGUUGCACAUCUGUCAUCUCGAAGACACCAGCGCCUGGAAAUUUGAUAUGGAUGUCGAGCCAAACGCCAGCAGGAACACCGACACACGCGAGACGAGCGCGCAGCGUCUGAUAGCCGAGAGCGGCGGACGAUGCAUGAGCACGCAAGCAAUGCAGUCGCUCUACGACUUCCGACAGAACAACCUCCUUUGCGACGCUGUUCUCAGGCUGGAGGAUGGAGGCGUUUUCCCUAUACACCGGGCGAUCCUGUCUGCUUGCAGCCCUUACUUCAGGACUUUAUUCACAACUACGUUGCACUCACGUGAGAAGACCGAUGUCCUUUUGCCUGGAGUCAGCAGUAACAUGAUGAAUCUUCUGUUGGAAUACGCGUAUCUACGGUCAAUCAAUGUAAACAAUGAGAAUGUGCACCAGUUACUGAUCACCGCCGAUUACUUGAACAUCCUGGGCGUUCUUGAAAUCUGCAGCGAGUUCCUCAAGCAGAAUUUAGCACCUGAGAAUUGCAUUUCUGUCAUGAGAUUCGCCAGGGAGCAUUUAUGUAAAGGAUUAGAGAACAGCGCGUACUGUUAUGUCAUGAGACACUUUGUACAGGUAGCCCAGCGAAGCGAGGAAAUUCUGAACCUACCAAUCGAUGAGUUGACAGCGUUGACAGGAGCUGAUGAGUUGAAUGUGAAAAAUGAGGAUACCGUUUGGGAGCUGGUGCUGAAGUGGAUCAAUUACGACCCCCAGUCCAGGAAGGGUCACAUAGUUGACCUGAUGAAGAACAUUCGGCUGGGCCUGCUAGACACCCAGUUCUUCCUGGAGAACGUGAAGGACCACCCGUACGUUACCGGAAACGACGCUUGUCGCCCCAUCAUCAUCGAGACUUUAAAGUUCUUAUACGACCUCGAGAUCAUCACGCAGAAAGACGGGGAAGUGCCCACGCCGGAAAUAGCGAGGCCCAGGGUGCCUCACGAGAUUCUGUUCGCCAUAAGUGGAUGGAGUGGUAGAACCGCCACAAACUACAUAGAGACCUACGACACCAGAGCUGAUCGGUGGAUCAAGGUGGAGGAGGUGGAUCCAAACGGUCUCCGCUCGUACCACGGAACCGCAGUGGUGGGUUUCAACAUCUACGUGAUCGGCGGCUUCGACGGGACCGACUACUUCAACAGCUGUCGGUGCUUCAAUGCUGUCAAUAAAGUCUGGAGGGAGGUCGCCCCGAUGAACGCCAGAAGAUGUUACGUUAGCGUCGCGGUGCUCAACGACCUGAUUUACGCUAUGGGAGGAUACGACGGGUAUUAUCGUCAAAGUACCGCGGAGAGGUAUAAUUACAAAACGAAUCAAUGGUCUCUGAUAGCACCUAUGAACUGCCAGAGGUCGGAUGCUAGCGCAACUACUUUAAACGGUAAGAUUUACAUCACCGGUGGCUUCAACGGCCACGAGUGCCUGAAUUCCGCCGAAAUGUACGACCCAGAAUUCAACCAGUGGACUCUGAUAGCUCCCAUGAGGUCUCGCAGGAGUGGAGUCUCUUGUAUAUCCUACCACAGCCACGUAUACGUGAUCGGAGGUUUCAACGGGAUAUCCAGAAUGUGUAGUGGAGAAAGGUACAACCCAACCACGGAUGCCUGGAGCCCCAUUCCGGAUAUGUAUCAGUCGCGCAGUAAUUUCGCGAUCGAAGUCAUCGAUGACAUGAUCUUCGCGAUCGGGGGAUUCAACGGGGUUACCACCAUCGAUCACGUCGAGUGCUACGACGAGAAAACGAAUGAAUGGUAUGGAGCAACAGGAAUGAACAUAUGUCGUUCAGCACUGUCAGCCUGCGUGAUCAUGGGACUGCCAAAUGUGAACGACUACAUUCACAAGCACCGUGAACGACUAAUGGAAGAGAAGCGACAAAAACUGUUGGCGUUGGAGGUACACCGUAGCCAGCACCAGCAGCAACAGGAUCAAGCUCAACAAAAUCAUGAGAAUCCAGUAGUCAAUGAGAUUGUACCUGCACCACCUCCCCCAGCACCAGGUGGCAACGAGAGGAAUGAGAGUCGACAAAAUUAGUGAAACGCAGGCACAUUGUGGUCAACUUUGAAACUGGACAGCUCUAGCUUGUUGGAUGGAUGGUAAUUGGAAUAAAAGAAUGAAUAAAAUAAAAGAAGGUAAUUGAAUGAGAGUCAACAAAAUUAGUUAAAAGAGAUAGAUAUAUUAUGGCCAACUUGAAAAGCUCUGAAACUGGAAAGCUCUAGCUUGUUGAAUGGAUUAUUGAAAUAAAAGAAUAGAGGAUUGUUCCUGGUGGUCAACCUGUAAUCUUGUGGAAAAUGAAUGUUUGGACUGUUGGGAAACCUAACCUAUUAUUUGAUUGGAGACAGUGUGAUUCAUUGGAUUGAUUUUGAUCAAGAAGUUGUGAAAGUGAGGAUGUUUGAGCUGUUGGGAAACCUAACCUUUCAUUAUUUGAUUGGAGACCACUCAAUACGUAUCAUCGGAUAGAGGAGACUUGGAAAUGAUGAAAAUAAGAAAGCGUAAUGACAGCAACAGCUCCACGAAUGAUUGAGAAGUUUCGUUGGAUCCUGAUCGAAGUACGAGAGACUGUAUGUGCAAUGGAAGACAUGGUAAUCCGUAUGAGGAUUUCUAUGACACCUUUACUCGAGUUUGUUAAACAACCAGAUUUUUCUUUUUUAUAAGGGACAUGUUUAUAUUAGCAGUUUUUGUGACACGAGUUUAUACAAUCUUUACUGGAUUUAUGACUUUACAUAUGUGAACAAAUUUUGAACGUUGCUUAUAAUAAAGAGAAAAAAAUUGGAACGACAGUCAUUAUGCAAAUAUAUCUGUGAGUAGGAAAAAUGGAAAUGUAAAUUGUUAAUAAAAGGUAAAAAUCUGUAUAGAUGAAAGCCAUGUGAUAUUGUAAAUGACAUUGGAGUUGAUUGAUAUUUGGAAAAUAUCUAUAAAAUGAUAUUAUAUUUAUAUUUUAUGAAAUAAUAUUAUAUUUAUAUUUAUAUUUUAUAAAAUAAUAUUCUUUUAGCUGUAACACAUUUCUCAAGAA